UGACAAAGACCCUGUACAAAACAUUAACGUUGUUAAAGAUUUCAAAAGUUUGGGCGAAAAUAAAGCUACAUGUUUAUUUGGAAACAUUACAAGUCAGAUGCAUCUAAGACGGUUCUGCAAUGCAAGUGUGUGCAAGUGUGAUACACUGUGUUACUCGGGAAUAUAAUUUCAAUAAUCAAAAAUAACUAAGCGCAUGCUUGUGAGCGAUACAUAUGAAGUUACAUAUUUAUAUACAUAUAUAUACAUAUGACUAGAAAUACAUAAAUAUUUGUAAAUGUUAUUUAGUUGAUCGGCAGGACCAAUCCUACAUUUAUUUUUUCUUCCGUGCAUUCUGGAUAAAAUAAAAUAUAAUUUAAAAAAUAUAAUAUAGUGAAGAUGUGAUAUGCUUAAAAUGAAAUCGAGUUGUGUAAAAAAUAAAAAAAAUACUUAUUUGUAAUAAAUUUAAAUUUCGCUGAAAGCUGUUGUUAAAACAGUAUUUAUAAAAAAUAUUGUACAGUUUGUAUACACACAACUUUCAAUGGAGAAAUUGCAUGAGUACCAAGGAAUAUCUGGCCGUCUGCAUGAUUGGCGCGAUUCGCUAAAAGAGAGAAUUUCAAAAUUCAAGGAAGAAAAUUCCAUAAAUAUUUUUGAAGCCGCAAAAAAUACCGCAACAGAUCAUUUAAAAGGGAAUGCAAGCGCAGCUCAGGACUAUUCGCAUAUAUACAGGCAUAAAACCCGUUUGGAAUUGGUAAGAAUAUCUGCGGCCGUCAUGGGAAUUGAGUUUUCGUAUGCUGCUGAAACAGCGUUCGUUUCACCAACUUUACUGAAAAUUGGUAUAGAACAUCAACAUAUGACAUUGGUUUGGGCAUUAUCACCUUUAGUAGGAUUCUUUGCGUGCCCUCUCUUAGGCUCUAUGAGCGAUCGCUGCAAGCUGAAUUUGGGUAGACGAAGACCAUUCAUAAUUUUAUUAUCAAUGGGGGUUAUUAUGGGACUUCUUUUAAUACCUAAUGGAGAAAAUUUGGGAUACUGGUUCGGUGAUGACUAUCAAGAACCAUUCGAUUCUGCUGUAAAUACAACAAACGCAAACCUCAAAGUACAUUCACUUCCAGUAACUGCUUCAGAAGAUAAACAGAGCGUCUCAGCAAAAAAUAAACAUCCAUGGGGAAUUUUUUUUACUAUAUUGGGAACAGUUCUCCUUGACUUCGAUGCGGACGCAUGUCAAAGCCCUUCCCGAGCAUAUUUACUAGAUAUAUGUCUUCCAGAGGAUCAUGUUAGAGGACUUUCUACUUUUACAAUCAUGGCUGGUUUAGGCGGCUUUAUGGGAUACUCAAUGGGAGCCGUGGACUGGGAUACAACAGUAAUUGGGAAAAAACUUGGCGGCCACAUAAAAACUGUUUUCACCUUGGUCACCUUCAUUUUUGCUUUUUGCGUAACGUUGACUAUAACGAGUUUUAAAGAAAUUCCAUUAUGGGUUCUCACCAACACUAAAUAUGGGAAGCAUCAAAAACUUGACGCAGAUGAUCCACUUAUGGAAACAUACGGCUCCAUGAAUCAAAUAGCGGGUAGCAACGAGAUGCUUAACAGUUCAAUGGAAAAUGGGGACAAAUUGGAACUUCAAGGACAGUCGAAUGAAGCGAAAAGUUUUGAAGGGAAUGACGAAAACCUUUUGGAGACAAAUUUCGACCAAAAUUAUAUGCCCACAUCAAAGCCAGAUCAAGACGGCAUAACUGAUGUACCUCUUCAGACAGUUGAAAAUUUAUCUAAUUAUUUAUACUCGGUCAUUUAUAUGCCACACUCAUUGCGGAUGGUCUGCUUAACCAACUUGUUCUGUUGGAUGGCUCACGUCUGCUAUUCGUUAUACUUUACGGAUUUUGUGGGUGAAGCAGUUUAUAUGGGCGAUCCCAAAGCUCUUGAAGGCACAUUAUCCCAAAUCAAAUAUGAAGAAGGUGUUCGGUUUGGCUGCUGGGGAAUGGCAAUGUAUUCAUUGUCAUGUGCGUGUUACUCUCUAAUAAUCGAAAAAUUGAUUCAAAAGUUAAGUGCAAAAGUGGUGUAUGUUGGCGGAUUGUUAUUCUAUAGCGUCGGUAUGACAUUAAUGGCUUUGACUCGAGCUAAAGCGAGCGUAAUUAUAUUUAGUUGGACGGCGGGAGUCAUGUACUCCACUUUAUUUACUAUGCCGUACCUUUUGGUUGCACAUUAUCACUCUAUGGGUACCUUUGAGCUUGACGGAUCUGGUUCACCUAAAUUGGAUUCUAUUGUUCGUGGCUUGGGUACAGAUAUAGCGGUUGUUAGCAGCAUGGUCUUUCUUGCGCAGUUUAUCCUAUCAAUAUGUAUGGGUACUAUAGUUAGAAUGUCCGGUACUACGACUGCAGUCGUCAGCACCGCAAGCUUUUUAAGUUUUUGUGGAGCAAUAGCCGCAACCAAAAUUAUGUAUUUAGAUUUGUAAUUACCUUCGAAUGUAUACUUUGUCCUCAUUGUUCUUUAUUGAAAACCCAAUAAAAAAAUCCAAUAAACGCCAGAA